CUCCGCUCUCCGCCAUCUUGACGCCUCCUUUGCGCAAGAGUCGAGCGCAGAGCUCGUUCCGCGGUGGAACAAACCACCUUAGCACGAAACGCGGGGGUAGGCGGGGCGAAGCGAUGUAUUGGCAGUAGAGUAGACGAAACUUAAGAGUUGCCGUUAGAGGCGGGCGACGUUCAGUUCAUUUCGGGAAGGCUGGCAGGCAAGGGAUACUAUUUGGCAGCUGACAGGAGGGGGUGGGGCUGGGACCCAACCAUUUGCGAAAGCGGGGUGAUGUUGCAGUGCCGGGAUUUUUGGACUGAACCAUUACUUGUGCGGAGGGAGAAGGACAUAUGUAUGUGGGUGGCACUGUGGUAAAUGGUGCGUGCGCGUGUAUAUACGUAUGUAUAUAUAUUGAAUUGAUGUUCAGGUGGGCGAUAUUGCGGAGUAGGUGGGAGGGGCUGGCUGCAAAAGCCUAGACACGGGUGGCGUGUAAGGUAGCACCACAGUGAAUGUUUUGGAGGGGGCUACCCUUGACCUGGUUCGAAUGGUGCCAUUCUGAGUAAAGGAGGAGGGAAGGAGGAGGGGGGGAAUGGAUGGUGCAAUUUGGGGCGCCCACAGGAAGAGUUAAAGAAACACCACAGAUUUGAUGGGAGCGUCCAUUGUGAGUGGGUGAGGAAAAUCCAUGUGGCACCGCAGGUUGGGGGGCUCUGUUACGGGGGAUACCACUGCGUAUAGAAGCAGGGAGGGCAGGAAAUACCACUUUAGCAACCGUAGGUGGCAUUCCUGAAAAAAAGAGUGCCAGGCCAGGAGGUGCCAGGGAAGACCAGCACAUGGAACAAGCGAUGAGCUCUGAUAGGGACCAACGUCAGGAGUCAUAGGAUUUAUGGUUGGGUAAACUCCUGGGUGGGAAGACUUUAAAGAAAUAGGAAGGCUAGUCCUUUUUCUGAUACAAGCACUUGAAGGGGGGGGAGGGGGUAGAUCGCGCAAGUGGGAAGGGGUCCAAGGGGUGCCAUGCAAAGCACUCGGUGUUAGAUUUGUCAAAGUCAGGAAUCCAAAGGGACCUCUCGUUGCCAUGGCCUCGAACUGUACCGGGAGCACUGUGGCAGCGAGUGUCGGUGCAGGUCUGGGCAGUGUGCUCAGUGCUUCCAAGACCAAGACGAAGAAGAAGCAUUUCGUCUGCCAGAAAGUCAAGCUCUUCCGAGCCUCCGAGCCACUCCUGAGUGUUCUGAUGUGGGGAAUCAACCACACGAUUAACGAGUUGAGCAAUGUUCCUGUUCCAGUUAUGUUAAUGCCAGAUGAUUUUAAGGCGUACAGCAAGAUUAAGGUGGACAAUCAUCUUUUCAACAAAGAAAAUCUGCCAAGUCGCUUUAAGUUUAAGGAAUACUGUCCAUUGGUGUUUCGAAAUCUCCGGGAAAGGUUUGGGAUUGAUGAUCAAGAUUAUCAGAAUUCUGUGACACGGAGUGCCCCAGUGUACAGCGAUAGCCAUGGCCGAUGUGGGGUCCGUUUCCUCACCACUUACGACCGGCGCUUUGUCAUCAAGGCGGUGUCAAGUGAAGACGUUGCAGAGAUGCACAACAUACUAAAGAAGUACCACCAAUUUAUUGUGGAAUGCCAUGGAAAUACACUUCUCCCUCAGUUCCUCGGCAUGUAUAGGCUUACUGUCGAUGGGGUGGAAACAUAUAUGGUGGUCACCAGGAAUGUUUUUAGCCACCGGUUAACAGUGCAUCGGAAAUAUGAUUUAAAGGGUUCAACAGUAGCAAGAGAAGCCAGUGACAAGGAAAAGGCGAAAGACCUGCCGACGUUUAAAGACAAUGACUUUCUGAAUGAAGGCCAAAAGCUUCAUGUUGGAGAGGAAAGCAAAAAGAACUUUUUGGAGAAGUUGAAGCGGGAUGUUGAGUUCCUUGCUCAGCUGAAGAUCAUGGAUUAUAGUUUGCUGGUAGGGAUUCAUGAUGUGGAUCGUGCAGAGCAGGAGGAGAUGGAAGUGGAGGACCGAGCAGAAGAUGAAGAGUGUGAGAACGAUGGCAUUGGGGGAAACCCCGUUGGUUCUUAUGGGACUCCGCCUGACAGCCCUGGCAACCUCCUCAACUUCCCUCAGUUUUUUGGACCUGGAGAAUUUGAUCCUUCAGUUGAUGUUUAUGCUAUGAAGAGCCAUGAAAGUGCUCCUAAGAAGGAGGUCUAUUUCAUGGCCAUUAUCGAUAUCCUCACGCCAUACGACACAAAGAAAAAAGCAGCACAUGCUGCCAAAACCGUGAAACAUGGGGCUGGCGCAGAGAUUUCGACUGUCAAUCCAGAGCAGUAUUCGAAACGCUUCAAUGAAUUUAUGUCCAAUAUUCUGACAUAGUUGUCUUCCGGUCUUUGGCCAAACAAACAAACAAAAAAGGUGGAGGGAGAAGAGCUGGGUCACAGGGGGGAUGCUACUUCUAAAGCAACAGGAAUACAGUCCACUCUGCUGGGGUGUAAUGUUCUGUGAUGUGUGAUAACAGUGUAACCUAGCAGAAAACUAACUUCUAGCUGUAGGUCUCCGAAUAGCCCACCUGACCUGGUGGAAAAAGUGGGAUUUCCCCCUCUCUUUCUCCCUCAUUUGGUUGCAAAAACAUUGGAACAUAAAUCUGAGGAACUAAGUACUGUUAAGAGCGACGCUUCUUUACUUUUGAACAGUAUCACAGUCUGCAGGUGGUCAUGUGAAUAAAUAACGGACAUUAACUUUA